GAAAAUAUAUAUCGUAAAUCAAUAAAAAUACAGCACCGUCCCACGAACGUGCUUACCGGAUGGAUUAGGGAAUAUUUGGUCAAAAACAGGGAACAUUUAGAAAGAAAAACUAUAUUGUUGUCUAAUGUCAAAGAAGAGUAGACCCUAAAAAGAAAGAGCAAGUUGGUGAAGUUACAGGCCAAGCAUGCUUGCUUAAAUCUUUUAUUUAAAAUGCAUUAAAGAUUACAAUUCAGGCAGAUGGAAUGUUGAAACGUGCAAAGUCAGCUGCCCUUUCCAUUUCCCAAAAAAGGAAGCAAAACCUUUAGGGAAAAAGCCUCAUCAUCUCCUUCCCUUCAAUUGAAUGAACAAGCAGUUCAAACCUCAAACUUUCAUCACUUUUGCUCAAGAUAGAGUAAGAAAUAAGGGGUUUCAGCACAUAAGAGAGUAUCAAGAACACUGCCCACACUUUUUUUCUUCUUUCUCGAAGUAGUCCUCCACUCCUCCAUACUUGAUUCGAUGGGAGCUAGUUGCUCCAAGAUUGAAUUUUGUUUUGGCCCAUCAUCAAAAAUCAAAUCCAGAACCCCCCAUUCCUCGGAUACAGACAAAAGUGGAGAGAACGAGAAGGGGAAAUGGCCAGCUUUCAGAGAAUUUCGGUUAGAUGAGCUGAAAGCUGCAACUUCAGGCUUCUCUGUGGACAACAUUGUGUCUGAACAUGGAGAAAAGGCUCCCAACAUUGUGUACAGAGGAUAUCUCAAAGAUGGCAGCCAAGGGGUGGCCGUAAAGCGGUUUCACAAGUCCGCCUGGCCCGAUUCUCGCCAGUUUAUUGAUGAAGCAAGAAUGGUGGGGCAGUUGAGGAGCGAGCGGCUUUCUAACUUGUUAGGAUUCUGUUGUGAAGGGGAUGAUCGGUUGCUUGUAGCUGAAUUUAUGCCUCACGAGACACUCUCAAAACAUUUAUUUCAUUGGGAUACACAGCCAUUGAAAUGGGCAAUGAGGUUACGAGUUGCUCUGUAUCUGGCACAAGCAUUGGAUUAUUGCAGUAGUAAGGGGAGGUCACUAUAUCAUGAUUUGAAUGCUUAUAGAGUUCUCUUUGAUCAAGACUGUAAUCCAAGGCUUUCGUGUUUUGGGUUAAUGAAGAAUAGUCGUGAUGGAAAGAGUUAUAGUACAAAUCUGGCCUUCACGCCCCCAGAAUAUUUAAGAACAGGUAGAAUAACUCCCGAGAGUGUCGUUUUCAGUUUUGGCACUCUGUUGCUUGAUCUUCUAAGUGGGAAGCAUAUUCCACCAAGUCAUGCACUUGACUUGAUACGUGGCAAGAAUUAUCUAGUGCUGAUGGAUUCAUGUUUGGAGGGUCACUUCACAGAUGCUGAGGGAACUCAAGUGGUGCGUUUAGCAACACGUUGUUUGCAGUAUGAAGCACGUGAGAGACCAAAUGUCAAAUCCCUUGUAACCAACCUCACUCCUCUUCAGAGAGAAACAGAUGUGGCAUCAUAUGUUUUGAUGGGCAUCUCUGAAGAAACACCGUCUCCAACACACUCCCCCAAACUAUCCCCUCUUGGGGAAGCUUGUGCAAGAUUAGAUUUAACUGCCAUCCAUGAGAUUUUGGAAAAUACAGGGUACAAGGAUGAUGAGGGUGUUUCAAAUGAGCUUUCAUUUCAGAUGUGGACAGGUGAAAUACAGGACACCAUAAAUAGUAGGAAACGAGGUGAUAAUGCUUUCCGAGCUAAAGAUCUUACAACUGCCAUCGAUAGUUACACAGAGUUCAUAGAGGUUGGGACGGUUGUGUCUCCGUCAGUGCUAGCAAGGCGGUCACUGUGUUACCUAAUGAGCAAUAAGGCACAAGAAGCACUUGCAGAUGCCAUGCAAGCACACACGGUGUAUUCUGAUUGGCCCACUGCUUUUUACCUUCAAGCUGCUGCUCUCUUCAGUCUGGGUAUGGACUCAGAUGCUAGGGAAGUCCUGGCUGAUGGAGCUUCUCUUGAAGCCCAAAGAAAAAGACCAUAAAGGCUAUGCGAAUGUAUAGGUUAAUUAUUAUUUUCUUCCUCUAUUAUUGGACCCUUUGUUUCAUCUUCCAUUUCCCCAAAAGUUAUUUUAAAAUAUUUGACUAUGAAAUCACCAAGAUGAUUCAUUCUGGCUUUCUUCACUAGAAUGGACUUGGAAGUGAGUUUUGACUUCUGCUUUAGACAUUUAAUGGUGUACGCCCCACAACGGGGUGGUGGAUCCCAUUUCUUCGUCACUGGGGUCUGGGGAGGAUGAAGAUGCCAAUUGUGAGGUUUUUAAGUGUCUGAGUGAAUCAUGCUAAUGGUAAUUUCGAGUCUGGUAAAAUUUCUCUGGAUGAAAUUGCUGAAUCAAUUUGAAUUUUAAGGAAAUGAGUGUUUG